AAGUUGUUUGUGUGAGCACAUCAAGGACAGAGUCAUGUGAUUUAGGAAGGUUUUAAACCUCAAUCUGCACUGUGGUCACUGAUCGUGUCGGUCAGUGGAUGAACAGAUCCUUCAGAGAAUUGUGAGAUUAUGGAGAUCAGGCACUUGACUCUUCUCUUCUGUCUGCUCACAGAUUUCCCGUCUGCGGGCAGUGUGAUAACCACCGUGGGAACAACCGUUGUUUUGACGUGCACCUAUGAUGCAAAGUAUUAUGGACCGCUGUCGGUGUGCUGGGGCCGGGGGGCCAUUCCCAACAGUGGCUGUGGGAACCAGGUGAUCAAGGCAGAUGGGACGUCAGUGGUUAGCAGGUUGUCAGAGCGAUACGUGCUGCGGGGCAAUCUAGGUCAGGGGGAUGUGUCGCUCACCAUCCUGCAGGCUGUGGAGGCUGACUCUGGCAUAUACGGCUGCCGUGUGGAUAUACCAGGCUGGUUCAAUGAUCAGAAACAGGAGGUGACGCUCACAGUGAAACCAGGGCGUCCUUUUCCUUUGAAACUUGAAUCAAGAGAGGUGAGGGAGCGAACCAUCACUGUCAGCUGGACUUCAGGGUUUGAUGGUGGCAGAGCCAUUUCGGCCUACAUUAUUGAUUUGAAGAACAAAUAUGCAUCCUGGGAUUCAGCUAUAAGAACGGAAAUCACACACCCACAUCUAACUCAGGCCACUUUGGUGGAUUUGCGUCCUUGGAAGACCUAUAACAUCCGCAUGUUUGCUGUCAACAGUGUGGGAAUGAGUGAUGGAAGCAACGUUUUGAUCCUCACAACUAAAGAAGCAGCACCUGAGGGCCCCCCAGAGGACAUGCGACUUGAAGCUCUCACUUCUCACACGAUCAGAGUGUCUUGGAAGCCUCCACGAGCGGAUCUUAUAAACGGGGUUCUGCGGGGUUACAGCGUUAACUACAGAGCGUAUGACCCUGUGUGGAAACAGUUUCAAAAGUGGCAGCAUGUAAGCGUGCCGCCAACUGUAGAGAGUAUCGUCCUUGAGAACCUCAAGCCUUCGACUCAGUAUGGCGUGCUGGUGCAGGCCAAGACCAAUGCAGGGAUGGGACCUGCCUCAAACGCACCCCUCUGCUCCACUCUGGAAGAGGUUCCUGAAACGACAACAAUCAGUUCAUCCUCCCCAAAUGUUGUGAUACAUUGGAUUUCUCACACAGAUCGCAGACCAGUGCAGAAAACUGAGACCACUUCUGCGUCCAAUAUUUGGAAAGUAACCACAACAACUAUCAUUCCAGCUCUUCCAUCCUCCACAGCUGAGGCUUUUUCAUCGUCCAGUUUUUGGGAUCAAACCACCUUGACAAUAAUGUCAGUUCACCCAGAUCCACCAGUAGUUGAGGUGAAGGAGGUGAAAGACAAUACCUUUUCUCUUUCUUGGACUCCUGGUUUGGAAGGUGACAGGCCCAUCACUGGCUACUGCUUGGAGUACAAAGCAGCCAACGCUUCUUGGGAUUAUACGAAGGCUGUUGUAGACUUUGGCCCCAACCAGACAGAAGCCACAAUAAUUGAGAUAAAUCCUUCAACCUACAAUCUCCGCAUGUUUGCAAAGAGCAGCGUGGGCAAGAGCAAAGCCAGCAAUGUCCUCACAAUCACCACUGGAGAAGCAGGUCAUCCCUUGGACGCUCUCAUAACCUCAACUCAAACUGAGGAUUUUUUGUGCAGCACAGCAACUAAACCACAUGUGCAUCGUCUUCAGUUGCCUACUGAGGAGGUUCGUAGUGUUCACCCAGCUGCCAUCGUUGUGCCUGUGGUGCUGGUGCUGAUCGGUGCCAUGGCAACCAUUUGGCAGUUGCGCCGAAUCAGACAGAAGACGGACAGCCUGAACCUGUGGCUUACCAAUGGAGCGAUUCGCUACAGACACGCAGAGCCACUUCAAGAGCUGUGAAACUCCAGGUUUUUCCGAUUGACAGACCAGUGAAAAAUCGGCAAAACCUUCAAAAUGCAUUAAAUUUCAAGGUUACACUAGAAAAGUCAGAAAAAAUAUUUUAAUGCAUUUGUGAAGCAAAGAACAGCUAAAACGGCAAAUAAAAUAAGCUUUUUUUUACGUGAAGCAUUUAGUGUAAAGUUUCAAUAUACAACAGCAUGCUUUCAUGUUCAUAAAUGGAAAUCUGUUUGGAAAACUUUCAUUUUAAUCACCGAUUUGUCCUUAAAAGGUUAAAGAUUUUCUGAGAAAAUAUGUGUGGAGUUUGAGCAAAUUGAUUUGUUUGUUCCUUGGCUUGAAGGUCCCAACACCAUACAAAAUCAGAAACUUGUAAAACUAAUUUUAUUUUUUGAAAUUUAAAAAAAGCCAAGAAAUCUUCCAAAAUUCUCUACUGAUAUCUCAAUGCUUUCUUUCUGUAAUAGAAAUGUACCAAUGACAUAAAAUUGUUAAUAAUGGCUUUAGAAGUUGCAAUAUAUGAAUCAAAAUAUGAAAGAACAUCCUGGAAGUAUUCUUAGCUGGCUAAUAUCUGUUUUAACACCAUUUGCCGGUCAUAAAAACGACUUUAUUAAAAAGACAAGUAUGUAAACCACAAAAAAUGACUAACCACGUAAACUGUUUUGCACCUUUCACAGAAUUAUACACUAAGUAGCUAUUUUUUAGGCACCUCCAACUGCUUGUUCACACAAGUUUCGAAUCAGCCAAUCACAUGGCAGCAACUCGAUGCAUUUAGGCAUGUAGACGUGGUCAAGAUGAUCUGCAGUUCAAAUCGAGCAUAAGAAGGGAGAAGAAAGGUAACUGAAGUGACUCUGAAAGCUGCAUGGUUGUUGGUGCCAGACGGGCUGGUCUGAGGAUUUCAGAAACUGCUGAUCUAGUGGGAUUUUCACCCACAACCAUUUCUAGGGUUUGCAGAGAAUGGUCUGAAACUCACAGCAGCAGAAGACCACACCGGGUGUCCCUCCUGCCAGCUUAGAACAGGAAACUGAGGCUAUAAUUCACACAGGCUCACCAAUAGUGGAUUGGAAAAGUCUUGUCUGGUCUGAUGAGUCUCCAUUUCUGCUGCAACAUUCAGAUAGUAGGGUCAGAAUUUGGCAUCAGCAACAUGAAAGCAUAGAUCCAUCCUGCCUUGUAUCAAAGAUUCAGGCUGCUGGUGGUAUAAUGGUGUGGGGGAUAUUUUCUUGGCACCCUUAGUACCAAUCAAGCAUGGUUCCAACACCACAGCCUAACUGAGUUAUUGCUGACCAAGUCCAUCCCUUUCUGACCACAGUGAACCAUCUUCUGAUGGCUACUUCCAGCAGGAUGUCAUAAAGCUGGAUUCAUCUCAGACUGGUUUUUUGAACAUGACAAUGAGUUCACUGGACUCAAAUGUUCUCCACAGUCACCAGAUCUCAACCCAAUAGAGAACCUUAGAGAUGUGGUGGAACCAGAGAUUGGAAUCAUAGAUGUGCAGCCGAUAGAUAUGCAGCAACUGUGUGAUGCUGUCAUGUCAAUGUGGACCAAACUCUCUGAGGAAUGUUUCCAGUAACUUGUUGAAUCUACGACACAAAGGAUCAAGGCAGUUGUGAAGAAAAUUAGGAGUAUAAUGCGGUACUAGUAAGGUGUACCUAAUAAAGUGGCCGGUGAGUAUAUACUCAUUUAAUGUCAAUGAUGUCAACAUUUUUUUUUAAAAAGAAAUCUUUUAUAUCUAUUUAUGUAAGAAAUUAAUUUUUUAUUUCACCUACCAAAUCAGAUUAUUUCAUGUCAGCAAUUGUAUUAUCAAUGAGUUAAUCUUAAAACAAAAAAUAAAAAUAAGGUUAUUUUU